AUGUCUCAGCUGCUGUACAUCAGGUUGGUUGUCUACGUGUUCACUAUAGCUAUGCACGUCUCCAACAUAUGGUACAUGGCUGUGUCGUUGGAGAAGGACUUAAAAAAUGUUCCUGAGUUGAAAGCUUUCAGUAAAUUACAACCACGGUACUUCACUUGCUGGACAUUUUUUCUUCAAAUAGUCCACGCGUUUGCCGGUAUCGUGUGUGAUGUCCUGGUACUUGUAAAUUCUAAAAACAAGACAUACAGACUUCCUAGAUUACUAAAAGGGUUCAAGAAUACUUUAUUCUCCGCUGUGCUAUGGCCUUCUACACUUGUGGUCGUAACGUUUUUCUGGAGCCUGUACUUCUACGACAGGAGUCUCAUCUACCCAAGCUUCGUGGACCAGGUCCUCACGAGUCUCUCAAACCACGUGAUGCACACCGCCAUCCUACCUAUCGUGAUCUUGGAAGUCGCCUGCCGGCCAAGAGCUGUUCCGACAUCUCAUAAAAAGAACAUCCUACACUUGGCCUUCCACUUCAUACUAUACUUCCUCGUGUUAGCGUACACAUACAUGGAGAAGGGUAUCUGGAUCUAUCCUAUUUUCUCCGUGUUCUAUGGUACCAUAUACUUCCCUAUGAUUCUAGUGUCAGUAGGAGUCUUGGCUUUGAUCUCCUACCACAUACAAUGGCCACUGACGAGAUACUUCCAUGGAGAGAUAGGGAAAGUUAAAAACAGAUGA